UCAAAAAGGAAUCAGCAAUACAAAGAAUUUUUAUCACCAAAAUAAUGGUGUUAUUCCAAUUAUUCGCAAUUAUACAAAUCAUUUCCCUUUCGCUCCAGUUAUUUCUAAUUUAACCUUCAUAAAUUCUUGUCCAUCUGUUAACAAUGGCCUGAUUAGUUUUAGAGGUUUAUCCACUAAAUCUAGAUUUAUGACAAGUUUACCAACACCUAAUAAUCGCACGAAAGAUUUAAUAGCUUUAAGCGGAGCUAUUUUAACCUUUUUGAUCUUUCAACCGACCAUGCAUCUCGUGAUAAGUGGUGCUCUUGCUUUUGGUGCUUAUAAACUUGUAAAAGGAUCUUUAAAUUAUAUUUGGCCACCCGUACGAUCUAUACGACCCAUUCAUCCAUUAUAUCCACAAAUGAGCCAAAUAGAAAAUACAUUUUGGAAGCAUAUAUAUUCAUCCAUUCAUGGAAUUACUAGUGAAAUUAAACGUUCACAAGAAGUAAUUUAUGAAAUAUAUUCAUCUUCAAUCAGUAAAAUUCAUGUAGCUUGCAAUAACGAUAGUGAAAUUCGAUUUUUAUUUGGUGAUUAUGAUUCUUCAACGAUUAGAUUUUCGGAUCCUCAAACUGUUAUUUCAGAAACUUUGGCAGUUUCAGAUUCUCGUGGAAAUUAUCAAAAAAUGCAUGGUGUCACAAUUGAAUAUAUUGCAACUGGAACGAAUGGUGAAAGUGCAUUUGUCAAAGCUACUGGAUAUUUGGAUAAUAACGAUGAAGUGAUGUUUAAGGAAAUUCGUUUACUUUGGCCACAUACUGGACGGGAAAUUAACAUUCCUUUACAAGAUACCAAUAAUUUCGAAGAUAAUAAGUAUGGGCCAAAUGUUAUGGAAGCUGAAUAUCGUGAUAUUAAAGAGUAA